AUGGCUCGCGUACUGAAGCUGUCUGAAGUGAAGGAGCUUGUCCUCGGUAAGAGGACGCUCGUUACAGUGGAUGCAAACGAUUCGUUAACAACGGCCCUGAAGCUGUUUCAGGAGCACCACGUGACGUCGAUGCCCGUGCGCAACCGUCGCCUCUCUGCACCGCACCAAACCGAGAAGCCGUCGCUCAAGAAGCCACAAGCGCUGCAGUCCAUCAUGGUGCAUCCGUCGCCCAUGCGAUUCGUCGGCAUGCUCUCGGUGGUGGACGUGGCGAUCUUUCUCGCGGAGUGGGACGGUAACAAGGGCGCGCGUGGCGACGAGGGCGAAAUGGUGGCGAAGACCCUGUGCGACGUGAAGAUUCAGCGUGCUGAUGCAUCUGCAUCGCCAGUGGCUUCUAAAACGAUUUCUGAGGCGCUAAAAUUAAUACAUCCUUCUCCUCCCCCUCUCUUUCCUCUUCCCCCUCUCUGCCCCCUCCCGCCUCCUCUUUCCCCCCUCUUCUUCCCCUGCGCGCCCGCCCAGUGUGUGGCAGGCGAUGCUGCUGUUGGGAGCAGGGGGUUCCAUCGCGGCCUCGUGCCCAACAUCUGCCCGGGCGAGCACGACCUGCUCCACUUGCAGCACCUGAACGGCUUGCACGCACUUACUGAGGCUUCCCCUACUUCCCCCCCUCCUGAUCCCAGUGUGUGGCAGGCGAUGCUGCUGCUGGGCGCGGGGGGUUUCCACCGCGGCCUCGUGCCCAACAUCUGCCCGGGCGAGCACGACCUGCUCCCUCUCACCGACGCCCCCCCCAAGCCCGUAACCCUGGCGGAGAGGCGCGCAGAGAAGGAGAAGGGGGAGGGGGACGGUGAGGGGGAGAGGGAGGGAGAGGAGGGAGCACCUGUGGUGCCGGCGCCGCCGAUGCCUCUGGCGGUGCACAGCGAGCUAAAAGGUGAGUGUUGGGAGAGGUGCAUGGGAAGGAAAGGAGGAGGAAGUAGCAGUGGUGCUGGUGCUGCUGGUGGUGCUACUGCUGCUGGUGCUGCUGGUGCUGCUGGUGCUGCUGGUGGUGCUGGUGCUGCUGGUGGUGCUGGUGCUGCUGGUGCUGCUGGUGCUGCUGGUGGUGCCGGUGCUGAAAGUGAUGCCAGUGGUGCCGCCGAUGCCUCUGGCGGUGCACAGCGAGGUGACGGGUGGCGUGGUGGGCGAGGAGUACCGCGUUCUGUCGCAGAUGGACGUCGCUACGUUCCUGCUGUCGCACGAAGGGCUCAUGGGACUGGCUCUGGCCAAGAGGUGAGAGAGGGGCAGAUGGCAGAGGGCAGAGGUGCGUGGCAAUCCCAAGCACGCCGUCUUCUUCCUCUUCUUUCUGGCUUUGCUGCAGCCGUGAGGUUGGUGGACGAUCUGGGUCUCGUGUGGCCGCUGGUGGUGACCAUAACGCCGUCUGACACUCUUCUGCACGCGUUCCGGCUCUUCAGGCGCCACCAGGUUACUGCGCUGCCUGUGGUGGCGGCACAUGCGUCGGAGCCCCACUCAGGCUUCCACGCGUGGGGAGAGGUUCUUAUUGAUACUCUCUCCGCUUCUGAUGUGCGCUGCAUUCACGUGCUGGAGGGGGGGGUGGAGGGGAAGAAGGGACACGAGGGGGUGAAGGAGGAGAAGAAAGAGGGGAAGAAGGAAGAGGGGAAGGGGAAGCACGGGAAGACCGCACAGCACCGCCACCUCAUCACCUGCACUCGGUCACUCACCCUUACAUCCUUCUUUUCCCUCCCUUUUCUCAUGGAUUCGCAGAAACACGAGUCUAAGCUGUGUGCCGCAUCGCAUGGUGAGGGAGCGAGUGCAUUGCGUGUGGAUGGUGGACCAGCCAUUCUCGUGUCCUCCUUUCCGCUCUCCUCACAUUUUGUCUCAUUCUCUCUCGUCCCCUCACAGCAACACGACAACACGAAUCUGAGGCGCGUGCUGCACCGCAUGGUGAGGGAGAGGGUGCACCGCGUUCUGAGGCGUGUGCUGCACCGCAUGGUGAGGGAGCGAGUGCACCGCGUGUGGGUGGUGGAUCAGCAGGAGCAGCCCUCUCCCAUGCCCUCGCCUCGCAUCCCCUCUACAAGCAUCUUCAAAGACAACCUAGAAGACCAGGGUCACGCUGGCAACAGCAAGCCAAAGCCGCACGCUGCUACAGUGCUGCCGGCUAUAGAAGAGGACAAACCGGCUGUAGCGGACGAGGGUCGGGCUGUAGCAGGAGGGGAGGAGGGAGCUAUAUUUGCAGCUGCGUAUAUCCUCCGUAUUGUGCGUGUGCUGCCCAUUGCCAGUCUCUCCUCCUCUCAGCUGGGCGAAUUGGGGAAGGAGUUGGAUGUGCAGGAGGGAGGGGAGGGGAAAGAGGAGGAGUUGGAGGGUUGGGAGAUGGGUGGGGGGGAGUUCCUCACUCCUGAUUGGAGCAUUGCGCCUGGGUCGCUGCUGGAUUGGUGGCCGAAAAUGAGCAAGUCUUCGUCAGUUGGUGCUUGA